AUGACAAACUUCUCGGAAUAUCGGCUCUGGACGAAAGUCGGCGGUAUCUGCUCGCGACCUGCUGUUGAUGCUGUUCAAUUCGUUAAAGCACUGCGGUACUUGGGACGUCGUUGCGGCAGUAUUCAAGCCAAAACCGACUUCCUUCGAGAAGCGCGUCAUAUCCUUCCUGAUCGUUUCCACCCAUACCUCAUGCGAACGUUCGUCACGGCUGUCGAGCAUAAGUGGACAAUGCAGGCGCUCGCGGAGUCGGGGCAUCGAUUCAAGAACUUUCCGGCUGCUCGGUACGCCACGGACGUCACGGUUCAGCAAACGAAUGUCGAAAUAUCCGUGGUACCGAAUGGCUUUGCGAUCGACUGCACCAAGUUCUACAAGGGCAGCGUGUCGAACAAGACAAUCUUCGACGAGAACAUCGACUGCCACCUGGCCAACCUGGCAAAGCGCACCGGUGAGACAACGCUCGAAGCCUUGGAGCCUGGCAUGGAGCAAUGGGCCGUUCUAGCUGACAAAGGCUACCAAGCAAAUACGUACCGUUGGAGCCGCAAGAGCUACGACAUUGUGUUCCAAGCGUGUUUGGCCCUGACCAACGUCCAUGUCCGUCUCCAUCCCCUGCGUGCAGAAGAUGACGAAGAGAGCCGCUGGGAAGGCGUACAGGUCAAAUAG